GGUUCACUCAACUGUAUGUCACAAGUGUCGACCACGUGGGUCCGCAUGUAAACAUUGAACCCAACACUAUCUGGGUCGACCCGGGACCCUCCCCCCCCUCGGUCAGUCCUGGUCUCGCCGUUGACGACAUCGCGAGGAAGAAACCAUGUUCUUGUCGGUGGCCGUUUUUCUCGGUUUCUCCCUGACGUCGGCCGCCGGUCCGGCCGAGCCCGUCGCGGGGCCCUCGUACGUUGCUGCCGUCUACGAGCACCACUCCACCCUGAGCCCGCAGCCUCGCGUCCCCCUGUCGCGCCCCGCGGCCCUGCGGCACAUGCAGGCCAACCUGGACGUCUACGAGGAGCAGGCGGCCCGGGCCGCCCGGCAGGGAGCCCAGAUCCUGGUGUUUCCAGAGGACGGUCUUCAGGGUUUCAACUUCAGCCGAACAUCCAUCUCUGGCUACCUGGAAACCAUCCCUGACCCACAGCAGGAUAACUGGAAUCCCUGCACAGAGCCGGGCAGACACAACAACACUGAGGUUCUCCAGAGGUUGAGCUGUGUGGCGCGUCGUUACAACCUCUACCUGGUGGCCAACAUGGCCGACCUGCAGCCUUGCCCCCUGCAGAGCAGCCCUUCCUCCCCCUGUCCGCCUGAUGGACGCUGGCAGUUCAACACCAAUGUGGCUUUCAGGUCUGAUGGGCAGCUGGUGGCACGCUACCAUAAACACAACCUAUACUUUGAGAAGGCCUUUGACACACCGCCGCAGCCGGAGAUCAUAACAUUUGAGACACCGUUUGCUGGGAAGUUUGGCCUCAUCACCUGCUUUGACAUCCUGUUCCACGAACCCACAGUUGUCCUGGUGGAGAGGGGUGUGCGUCAGCUGAUCAACCCCACGGCUUGGAUGAACCAGCUCCCCCUGCUGGAUUCCAUCCAGUCCCAGCAGGCUUUCAGCCUGGGCGCUAAUGUAACCCUACUGACAGCCAACAUUCGCAGCGACCACCUAAUUAUGACAGGAAGCGGCAUUUACACGCCUUUUUCUGCUACCUACCACCACGCACGGAAAGGAGAUCCAGAGGAGGGCAGGCUGCUGGUGGCCAGGGUGCCAGUCUUAGACCCACUGCAUGUGGGGCACAGUGUCACCUCCGGGGAGGGUGUAGUUAGGGCUGCGUCUACUUUAUCCUCAGCUACAGACUCUGGAUACUGUCACCAAGAAAGCUGUGUGGAUUCUUCUCACCCUGAAACCACAUCCGCUGGCACCUUCAUCUCAUCCAUGAUGUACGACCCCUUCACAUUUAUCCUCCUGAACAAGACGGAGGGCAGACUUGACGUGUGUGAUGGCACUUUCUGCUGCCACCUCCAGUACCGGCAGUUGCCGCAGAACGACAGUAAAGAGCUCUAUGCAUUGGGAGCAUUUGCCGGAACGCACACCGUAAACGGACGUUACGCCCUGCAGGUGUGUGCAUUAGUCCGCUGUGCCGGGCUGGAGGCCAGUUCCUGUGGACAGGAAGUCGAAGAAGCGGAGACAAAAAUGGACUUCCAGUUGGAGGGGAAGUUUGGGACCAGAUAUGUGUACCCGUCGGUUUUGGCAAGUCACCUGGUCCUGGAGCACCCGGAGCAUCUGGAGAAGACCUCAGAAGGCAGAGUGACCAUGAAACACUCAAACAUGACCGGCGGCCUUGUGACUGCCUGUCUGUACGGACGGAUGUACCACCUGGACAAUGAAUGAACUAGAGCUGCCAGUAAGUAGUCGAUCAAUAGAAAAUUAACUCCGUUUUUUUAAUCAAUCAUUGAUUCUUUGUAAUUUUUCAUGCUAAAUUAUUUUUGAGAUGUUCUGGUCCUUGCUUCUCCAAUGUGAGGAUUUGAUGCUGCUCUGACAUACAUGAUCGUGAACUAAAUUUUUUUUAUCUUUACACUGUUGGUGGGCCUUAUCAAGACAUAUUUAGGACGUCAAUUUUCUGCCAUUUUAUAUCUCCGGACAGAGCUAUGAAAUACACUUAAAAACUGAUUUAAAAGUAUUGUCCUGACCACGACCAGUAUUGACAACUCAUCUGCUACACGUUUGCACAAACUACAAUAAAAAAACAAAAACAAAUAUAUUUAUUCCUUCGUUACUUCAUCUUUAUAAACAUUGCACCAAGUAGUAUUCAUCCUCUGCCUGAAAGUUGCUUGUUCCUAAAAAGGCGUUAUUUAUUAAUUACUUUUUCUGUCUCACACACUCAAACAAACACACACACAAACACACACACACACAAACGCACAGUCUCUCUUACACACACAUUAUGCACAGUGUCAACCACUUUCUCCUGCCUCCAGUACAGUACACAGACAUUAAGUAGUUUACAGCAUGACAAGUUAAAAGUUCUUCGGGCUGCUCAGUUGCAACAUCAAUCAGGCGACUCCUGAACCAAUCAUACAGUUGAUGGGUCUUACAUCCGCCCACUGUCAGAAUCGGCUCCCAAGGAUUCAGCCUCCACUCGGAAUAAAUUCAUAGGAUUCAAUAACGACUUCCUCGCCCAGGAAUCAAAAAGUGGUUCGACAUCAGUGACACAGCAUUUAACAAUGUGACAAGGAGUGCCGGCCACAACAGCUCCAAUUAAAACUCUGCAUUAAAAACUCAAAAAUACACGAGGGAAAACAGUUCAUCGAUCACCUGGUCCCAUAAUAUUGUCCCGUUGUUUUUGUUUUCUUCAGACAAUCGUGCCCCCCCCCCCCCC